UGUUCUGUGUUCUUGAUGCACUUUAUUUUUUAGAAUCAUUUAAAAACAACCAGGUGAAAGGAUAGUUGCAUUUAGAGUGAUGCACUGAUGAUGCUGAUGACCUUAUAAACACCUCAUAGAUCACGACCUGUAUUAUUUGAGCAUAUGUCUUUAUGCUGAGGACACUUUAUAGCUCUGGUCAGAAGUAUACUUUUUUGAAAGAUGCUUUACCUUCUUUCUUAUUUUCUUUGACAAGAGCUGCAAUAUUUGUUUUAACUGUCUACAAAAUGGGGAAGCCACUCAGCAGACCAGACUGUUUACGUCAGAAUCCCCCAUGUGUAGGGAAAGGUGAAGAAGAGGAGGACCUAAAUAUCGAAGACUGUUACGUCCCACAGCGGUCAAUCUAUGACACUGUUAGACUAAAUGAACAGAUAGACUCUGGUUCAAAGGGUAGCCUGUCUUCCAGGCAUUUUACAGAUCGGACUUUACCCUACAGUCACAGAACACUGGAUGUUAGUUCUUUAUGCUCUAAUGGUGCCCUUGCUUCUUCCAGUGUAUUUGAGCUGAGAGGUCGUGAAGCUAACAAACUAGAUGAAAAGAUGAUCUUUGAUGCGCUCAAGUUAAAUAGUGAUAUCAUUCGAACCACAGGAUUACCCAAAGCCAAAUCCCAUGCAGAGAAGAAAGAACAUAGACGGUCAUGGCGAAUGUUUGUCCCAGCCAAUUUUAUGGAUUAUGCAAACAAAAGUGAAAGCUCUUUUGUUGAACCUACUGAUAUGUCAGAUGCUGUUACCAAGGCCAGCAAGUGCAGAUGGGGUACUAAUUCUCUAACGUCGGAGGAGGAUGACUCUGGGUUAUGUAGCCCUCCAGCAGAGAGGGAAGAAAAACAGGGCAUUUUAACUGGAGACCAGUCACGAAUUAGAAGCUUGUCUUCUGCUGAAGAUAUCCAUAUAGCAGAGCAAUACAGACCAUUCUUUUCUGUUUAUUCCAUUAGUGAACAGAAAAUCCCAUUGCUUUCAUGUAGAAGUGCCCACCCUGAUGAAAAUUUCAGAAUGAUUUUACAUGAUGUUUCUCCACUAGAGGAAACAAAAUGUGUCAGUGGUCAAAGGGAAAUCCUUGGUGAAAAUUAUUGCUGGCAGAAUGAUUUGAAAGAAAGCACUGUUAAGUGUGAUCUCUUAAUUAUGCCAAGAGAUGGAGAAAACCAGUGUAUUUCUAAGCCUGGAGACGAAGGGAAAACAUAUGGACCAGGAGGUUCUCAGAUCACAGCACAAAGUAGGGAACUGGUGAAAGAUUCUUCUGAGGUUUUACAUCUCUCUCUCUCAGAUCUGGAGGGAAAUGAUGCAGGUUGUGGUAGUACCAGUUUAGUGAAAAACGUGACACUGUUGACACCAUAUGAUCCAGAAGAAUCCAACGUAGCAUCUAAAGAGGAAGUGGAGGUGCCCGUUUCUGCCCAGGAGAUGGAGGUGGUCCACAGGAAGUGUUCCCCGAAAUUCAUACCAGUAAGAAAGCAAGCAGCUCCCCGAAAAGCAAGGGCCCAGGCAGGAAUAUUGGACCCAGUCUAUAAUGGCUUUCAAUCAGUUCAGCUCUGAAUGUGGA